ACAAGUGAAGGUAUUUUGUUUACGUCCGUUCUGACAAGUAGGUCAUGAUAGGAAUGCUGGAUAGCUAGUGAGCGAACUAUCAACAUAACUACGUAAUUAUAUUGUCGUAGGUAGUUAGUUGCUGAGCAGUUACAUUUGGGAAUAAGAAUACACUGAAGACUGACAAUACUGACGUGUGUACUGUAUUCGGUAUCGUUAGCUACAUUAACCUAGCACGAGAUAGGCUAACUUUAGAUAUACUAGCUAGUCUAGAUUAACUGUAGGCUUCAACUACUGUAGUUAGCCUAGUCUAACUGGCAGGGACUAAUUACUGUAUGGUUAGCACUAGCUUGAUAACGACCUAAGUCUAUAUAAAAUAAUACGGUGGCUUGCAGUUUUUCCUAGCUUAUGCUAUAAACACCUGGCAGACGCAUAGCUAGUCUAGUCCUCCUUACCCUGAACUGUCUUCAGCAAGGGCUGGCUUCACUUUUUACAAACUAGUACAGCUAGCUCUUGUUACAUACUCUAGCUAGUUGGCUAGUAAACCAGCAUUAAGCGAAGGAAUUGACUGUCACCUUCUAGCUGGCCUGUCUGGCAAGCAAGCAAAUUACUAGGUUACUGUAGACCAGGAUAUCUAGCUAGUUAUGGGAAAACAAAAUCAACGCGAUUAGUAGCAAGUUAGAACAUGAAUGUGAUCUUGACUAGGCUAGGUAUUGAACCUAUACAUUGAGAACACUCGUUAUACUCAUAAAACGUGAUUAUUUUUUUGUAAAAGAAAAAACAUGGAAUACAAUGUAAUUACGUAAAAUCCUGCAUAUUUUCUAGUAGUAUCUCGUAAUAGUUCUGGUCAGGACUACGGUGUAGUGAAUAGAAUGGAUCAGGUAACCUUUCAGGUUUUAACUUUGGUGUGACUCUUGCUUUACCACAGGUCAAAUUAUCUCACCACAAUGUCCAGGCGGAGCAGGAACAGUCGGGCGUGGCGUUAUGUCUGGAGUGGAAUACGCCGCGAUGCGGACGCCCGCGCGCUGGGGCUUGCCUCUGAGACCGAGGACUGGCGCUAUGAACGUUUACAGUACAGUGACUCUGACUCUGAAGCAGAUUUCCCGGCCGUGGUGGCGCCCCCACUCCCCAGUGCUGUGCCUGUCACAGGGGAGUCGUACUGCGGCUGUGACUCUCUGGCUGAGUCAGGCUACACCCCAUGCCCGAGAGGCUUCCACCGGGUCAGAGACUGCCACUGUGGAGAGGAUGACCAGGACUUCGACUGGGUGUGGGAUGACAGCAGUCGAUCUACAGCAACGUUGUUAAGCUGUGACAACCGCAAAGUGAACUUUCACACAGAGUACAGCUGUGGCACCGCUGCUAUCCGUGGGGCCAGAGAACUGGCUGAAGGGCAACACUUCUGGGAGAUCAAGAUGACGUCCCCAGUGUACGGCACAGACAUGAUGGUAGGCAUUGGGACGUCAGAUGUGAACCUGGACAAGUAUAGACAUUCGUUCUGUAGCCUCUUGGGGAAAGAUGAGGACAGUUGGGGUCUCUCCUACACUGGGUUGUUGCAUCACAAAGGAGAUAAGGUGAACUUCUCCUCCCGGUUUGGCCAGGGCUCCAUCAUCGGAGUACAUCUGGACACCUGGCAUGGCACCCUUACUUUCUUCAAAAACCGCAAGUGCAUAGGUGUUGCUGCCACAGAACUGCAAAACAAGAGGCUCUUCCCCAUGGCCUGUUCCACAGCAGCUAAGAGUAGCAUGAAGGUGAUCCGGUCCUGCUUCGCGCCUACCUCCCUGCAGUACUUGUGCUGCGCCCGCCUUCGCCAGCUCCUGCCAGACUGCACGGACACGCUCAGUGUGCUGCCCCUCCCGCCUGGGCUGAGACACCUGCUGCACACCAAGCUGGGAUGGGUGCUGAGCCUCAACGGCUGUGGCUCAGAGGAGGGAGCUGACGGCCCUGAGCGCCCCGCAGCCUCGCCCCCGGGCACCCCCGCAGCCUGCCGCUCGCUCUGUGACUCAAAGGGGUGCUGCUCCAACCCUGAGGCGUACCAGAGGAAACGAUGUCGGUGGACAUGAUUUGGACCUCCUGCCCUUUGAAAAACUCACGAUACGCAGUGUGUGCCUGCGUAUCCACAAACAGGAAACCACACUAGACAUAACGGUAGAAAAUGUGAAAAUAUGAGACGAUUGUUUCAGAACAUGGUUACUCUCUGAUAUAUGAAUGUGACACAAAGACAUAACCACGGCCAAAUAUCAGUGCACAUUGUUACAGUAUAUAUAUAUGCAGUUGGAAGGAGUCAGUGUUUCUCAGCUAAAUAAGAUCUAGUUUUCACAUUUCUAACUGUCCAGGAAAAGCUGAGUGCAGAGUGUAUAUAGUUUCCCAGAAUGCUUGUGAAGGAUUGUCUAAUCUUCUUGUUGAGACAGGUUGGUUUUGCUGGGUCUUUACUGGUUUCCUGGGUUUGAUGUAUGUGUUGCCUACUUCUUCUCUUUCUGUUAACCUAUUCCUAUCUAAAAGAUAUCAUGUGCAUUAUGUAAAUAGAUUUUAAUAUUA